CUGGUGGUGGGUAUUGUGCUGGAUGGUAUAUGUGUUUUAAUUUUGGCUGGUAUAUUGGGUGGUGUAUUGGGUGGUAUAUUGGGUGGUGUAUUGGGUGGUGUAGUGGGUGUUUACUGGGUGGUUUACAGGGUGGUUUAUUGGCUGGUAUAUUGGGUGGUAUAUUGGGUGGUAUAUUGGGUGGUGUAUUGGGUGGUGUAGUGGGUGU